AUGGGCGAUCGCGAUGAGCUACAUGAAGAAGGACGCUUUAACAUCUGCACUAAAGCCGGUCUGAAAACUGGUAUUUCAAAACCCAGAAGCGUCAUCCACAAACAUGGGGAUUAUCACCGAGGUGUUCAUGUAUGGAUUUUUGCUGAAAGUACACAACAACUACUUCUACAAAAACGUGUGGAUCACCAGCAUUCAUCGUCUGGAUUAUGGGAUAUCUCUAGUGCAGGUCAUGUAUCUGCGGGAGAUACGCCCCUUAUCACUGCGAGGAGAGGGCUUCUAGAAGAGCUUGGUGUAAACCUCCCGGAUGAUGCCUUUGAAUUGCUAUUUGAUUUUAUGGAAGAACGUGUUACAUACCGUGGGAGGUUCAUGGAUAAAGAAUUUAAUGAUGUUUAUCUUGUGACAACAUUAGCCCCAAUUCCAAUGGAAGCUUUUACUCUUCAGGGAUCUAAAGUCUUAGCUGUUAAAUAUAUCUCAGUUGAAGAGUACAAGCACCUACUUGUUAAAGGACACCCUGCAUAUGUACCCUACAAUUUGGAUGGACAAUAUGGUCAACUUUUUGACAUAAUUACCAAAAGGUACCAAGACAAUGUGGUAGAAAAGAUUUUGACUCUGCAAAAGAAGCUAAACCGUUAUGCUCCUGUCUCACUUGAUGUAGAGUUGACCGAGGAGGACAAGGAAGUUAUGGUUUUACUCAUUCAAGCCGGAAGAAUAAUAGAUGAUAUAUUCUAUAACCAGGUUUGGUACAGCAAUGCGUCCUUAAGGGAAUGGUUAAACCAGCAGAGUCAAUUAUCUGAGUUUGACAUGUUAAAAUGGAAGUAUUAUUUGAUAAAUAAGAGUCCAUGGUCUACUCUGGAUGAAAAUGAAGCUUUUGUAACGACUGCAGACUCGGCUAUGAAAUUGUUUCCGGAAGCAACAAGGAAGGUGGUUGGCUGGAAAGGUGUUGAAUACAAAGUUGCAUUUCCCAUGUUGAAACCACCUGGUGCCAACUUUUACCCUCCAGACAUGGAUAAAAUGGCUGCUGAAUUAUUGAAUAAAGCAGGGGAUUUAACCACUUCACCUAGUUUGAAGAGAUUUUUACAUAGCAAGGCUAAAGCUUUCCUCUCAAAUGACUAUUAUGACUCUGAUAUAGCUUGGAUGGAACUGGAUUCUAAGUUGGACGUUACUAUUGGACCAUAUGAGACUUAUGAAGACGUACUAUUUGGAUACAAGGCAGCGUUUGAGGCAUUUAUUGGAAUUCGGGAUGAUAAAGCAACUGCUCAACUUCAACUCUUUGGGGAUCAUUUAUAG